AGUGGGCAAGUUAUUUGGAAGCCACGGAAAACAGAGACACAGUGAAACAACUAUGAAAUCUCAACAAAAAGCUUUUUAUAACAAUCCAGUGAUCGCUAGCUACUACUAGAAUUAGUUCCUGUUUCGUGCAGAAAUAUCUCAGCAAAGCUUUUUAUAUAGGAGGCACGGCGUUGGAUAUGUAAUAUGAAUCAAUGAGAGCGCAGCUGUGGAGCUCAACAGAAAGAAAAUGCUUAGACCUCCUUCAGAGAACCACCACUGGAGUCUCUCUCCUCCAAAUCCACGCUUUUAUGCUCCGAAAUGCCCUUCAAACCAAUCUCAAUCUUCUUUCCAAAUUCAUCGCCACCUGCGCUUCUCUCUCCCUGCUUCCUCACGCUCGCCGCGUCUUCGACCAAAGACCACAAGGAGAAGACUCUUUCCUCUGUAACACCAUGAUCAAAGCCCACCUGGAUAUACGCCAAUUCGCUGAAUGUUUCACUCUUUUUAGAGAUCUUAGGAGGGACACCGAUUUCGUUCCUGAUGACUAUACGUUUGUCUUGUUGGCCAAGUCCUGUGCUUUGAGUGUGUCCAUUUGGGAAGGGGAAGGGAUACAUAGUCAUGUUGUUAAAGAUGGGUUUUGUUCAAAUUUGUAUGUAUCGACGGCUUUGGUUGAUAUGUAUGCGAGGUUUGGGAAAAUGGGUUGUGCCAGAAAAUUGUUCAAUGAAAUGACAGUGAGAAGCCAAGUGUCGUGGACAGCUCUCAUUUGUGGGUUUGCAAGAGCAGGAGAUAUGGUUAAUGCAGGGAAGCUUUUUGAUGAGAUGCCUGAGAAAGAUUCAGCUGCAUAUAAUGCAGUGAUUGAUGGUUAUGUCAAGUUCGGGGAUAUGGACUCAGCUCGGAAGCUGUUUGAGGAGAUGAAAAUUAGAAAUGUGGUGUCUUGGACUAGCAUGAUUUAUGGCUAUUGCCAUAGUGGCAAUGUAGAGUCUGCUAGAUCAUUGUUCGAUGCCAUGCCCAAGAAAAAUCUUGUUUCCUGGAACACAAUUAUUGCUGGAUAUUGCAAAAACAAGCAACCCAGUGAGGCUUUGAAAUUGCUGCAUGAAAUGCAGGCUACGACAUUGUUUGAACCAGAUGAAGUAACUAUUGUAAGCAUUCUUCCAGCUAUUGCAGAUUUGGGAGCUCUGGAUGUAGGUAGUUGGGUUCACCAGUUUGUCAGAAGGAAAAGGCUUGAUAGAAUAAUCAGUGUCUGCACUGCACUAAUAGAUAUGUAUGCAAAAUGUGGGGAAAUUACUAAAGCGAAAAGAAUUUUUGAUGAAAUGCCUGAAAGGGAAACAGCUUCUUGGAAUGCAAUGAUAUAUGGCUUCGCAAUAAAUGGCCGAGGUAAAGAAGCGCUGGACCUAUUUUUGAAGAUGCAACGAUCAAACUUUAAGCCAAACGAUAUAACUAUGCUUGGUGUUUUAUCUGCAUGCAACCAUGGUGGUCUGGUGGAGGAAGGGAAAGAGUGUUUUAAAGCAAUGAAGGACUUCAAGCUUAUCCCACAGAUUGAACAUUAUGGUUGCAUGAUAGAUCUUUUGGGGAGGGCAGGAUGUAUGGAGGAAGCUGAGGAAUUGAUAAAGAGCAUGCCUUACAAGGCUAAUGAGAUAAUUUUAAGUUCUUUUCUCGUUGCAUGUGGAUAUUCCAAGGAUGUUACAAGAGCCAAAAAAGUAUUAAAUGAAGCAAUCGAAAUUGAUCCCCAGAAUGAUGGAAACUAUGUUGCAAUGAGAAAUUUGUAUGCAGCAGAGAGUAAGUGGAACGAUGCCGUUGAAAUAAAGGGGUUGAUGAGGAAGAAUGGAGCAAACAAAGACGUGGGUUGUAGUGUCAUUGAGGUUGAUGGUAUAAUCAGGGAGUUUGUGGCUGGGAACAAGUUAUAUCCACAUUGGGAAGGCAUGCAUUUAGCAUUGGGGCAGUUAUGGAGGCACAUGAAGUAAAAGAUCACUUGAUAAAGAAUAGGUUCUGAGACUGGGGAAAGAAUAUGAUAAUGACACUUGCAUGGGUCGAAAUUAUUUAUUAAAUGUAUGUAUAAAAUUAAGCUAAUUCUCUGUACAUUAACCUAAAAUUAAGAAUAGUAGGACCCAAGUAACCUUUUCCGUUUCUUUCUUCAA